CUUCAAGUCAAUAGAAACCGUAAUCACUGUCUCACCACUCAUCACCGCAUAAUCUCUUCCACAAAUUCACAAUGUCCGCCUUCACCUCUCUCCGCCCCGCCAUGGGUCUUGUCCGCACCGCCGCCCAGGCCUCCCGCAGCUUCAGCUCCUCCGCCUCGCGCUCCGUUGCCCGCAUGAUCAUCACCGGCCGUCUGGCUGCCGAGCCCGAGUUGCAGGCAACUGCUUCUGGGCAGGACGUCAUCAAGUACGCUAUCGGUACUUCUUAUGGCUCCAAGGAGAACCGUCAGACUAGCUGGUUCCGCGUUGCUAGCUUCUUGCCCGAGGGUUCGCAGCGGGAUUUCAUUCUGGGUCUGCCCAAGGGGACCCUCGUUUACCUGGAGGGUGAUGCCAGCAUGCGCAGCUACGAGGAUGCCGAUGGCAAGAGGCACUCCAAUCUAAACAUUGUCCAGCGCUCUCUCGAGGUCCUCAGCCGCCCCACGAACAGCUCCGAGGAGCACUAGAUGGGCUACCCAUUCAACCCCUAGCUCACAUAAAGUCGGCUUUGAUCGAUGCGGCUAUAAUUUCUGGCGUUCUUGGAGAGCGUGUGUGGAUCUAAGUAUCUGGAUGUUGGGUACUAGAUCUGACCGGGACCAUGUGUAUGCGUGCCUGGUACGGAUCGUUUCCCAUAAAGUCGGAUCUCUUGUCUAUCUUACCCUGUGAUUUUACUGUACUAGUAUACCCUGAAUACACUCCUUUCCCAUGUGGAUUAUCUCGGAUC